AUGCUGGCCAGUAAGGAGCAGGGCCGCGGGCUGCACUCCGCUGGCUCCACCCCGGCCCUGCCCCCGUGGCACCAAGGUUCCGCCCCCUUCAGCUCCACGCUCCGGCCCCCCGCGGCCCCGCGGCCCCGCUCCUGCCCCAAGCUCGCAGGGACCCGCAGCGCCCCUCUGCGGAACGCUCGCCGGACCUCGCCGCCCCGCACAGGCUUCCCCCCGCAGAGCCCUGGCUCCCCUGAGACAGGGGUCCAGCUGCCCACCAGUCCAGCUACCGGGCCCUGGGCCCACCGACAGCAGCGCCCACCUGGCACUGGCGGCUCCGCCCUGGGUGACCCCAGCCCUGCGCACCCCUUCCUCCCCCUGGGCUCCGCGAAGUCCCGAGGGCUGCCGGGACGCCGUGGACGCGACCCCCUGGCUCAGAGAGUCCUGCCAGAGUCCGGCUGA